AUGCAGUUCGAGCAACCGGCGAGCUACCCAGCGCUGCCGACGUACCGGGCGAUCGACCAGAACGGCGUGGCCGUCGACCCAAACUUCGAGCCCGACCUCAGCGACGAGGAGGUGGUGAAGCUGUACCGCGAUAUGCUGACCGUGUCCGUCAUGGACCUGAUCAUGUUCGACGCGCAGCGCCAGGGCCGCCUGAGCUUCUACAUGGUGUCCGCCGGCGAGGAGGCCGUUUCCGUGGCGACCGCGUCCGCGCUCGAGAAGGAGGAUGUCAUAUUCUGCCAGUACCGCGAGCAGGGUGUGUUUAAGCAGCGCGGGUUCACCCUCACCGACUUUAUGAACCAGCUGUUUGCGAACCACAAGGAUCCGGGGAAGGGUAGGAAUAUGCCGGUUCACUACGGCAGCCGGGAGUUGAAUAUUCACACCAUCUCUUCGCCCCUUGCGACGCAGCUCCCUCAGGCUUCCGGGGCGGCGUAUGCCCUCAAAAUCCAGCGGAUGCAGGACCCCAGCAUACCGCCGAGGGUAGUAGCGGCAUAUUUUGGCGAGGGUGCAGCCAGCGAGGGUGACUUCCACGCGGCAUUGAACAUCGCCGCGACUCGAUCCUGCCCAGUCAUCUUCGUCUGCCGCAACAACGGAUAUGCCAUUUCGACGCCCACGCUAGAACAGUACCGUGGCGACGGUAUUGCCAGCCGCGGUCUGGGUUAUGGAAUCGAAACGAUUCGAGUGGACGGUAAUGACUUCUGGGCCGUCCGCGAGGUGAUGAAGAAGGCGCGCGAGAUCGCCCUGCAAGACGGUGGUAGACCCGUCCUGAUCGAGGCCAUGACCUACCGUGUGAGCCACCACAGCACAUCGGAUGACUCAUUUGCCUACCGUGCCAAGGUGGAGGUGGAGGACUGGAAGAGGCGGGACAACCCGAUCGCGAGGCUGCGCAAGUGGAUGGAGGCCAAAGGGUGCUGGGACGAGCACAAGGAGAAGGAGGCCCGCGAGAGUAUCAGGCGAGAUGUGCUCAAGGCAUUUUCGGAAGCCGAGCGCGAGAAGAAACCGCCGGUCCGGACCAUGUUUGAGGACGUGUAUGAAGAGCUGACCCCGGACCUGCAGCAGCAGAUGAAGGAGUUGAAGAGCCAGCUAGAGAGAUACCCUGAUGACCGCAUUGUCAUCGCCGUGCUCUGCGUCUUGAGCAUCAGCGCGCUUCUCGCUGUUCUCGGCAUCAAGUACGUCCGGGCUGCCACUGGUGCUAUGGUGAAGUCGCGCGAGGAUCGAGACGCUGAGGCCCAAUAA